AUGGCAGCAGUCGACCAGCGCGACAUCUACGACUCAAUGACGAUGCAGUCAGACAGCGAGACAUACGAUCAGCCCGAUCUAUCAUCGCCCUCGUCGCCGUCCUCCGACUCGGCAUCGCCUUUGAUCCUGUACUCCCCACCAACCUUCUGGGGCUUGGUGCGGGGUGCUGCCAUCAACCUGCUUCUACCUUUUGUCAACGGCCUGAUGCUGGGUUUUGGUGAGCUGUUUGCCAACGAGCUCGCCUUUCGCUUUGGCUGGUCCAACACAAAGGUCUUCCCCACCCACAGACGAGUCGGGCCUGGAGUCGAGAUGCGAACAGAUCCUGUCGAGAAGAGAAGACGCAACGGUCAAGAGCUGGAUGCCUACACGAGCUUGGAGUAG